CAGCCCAGUGAAGAUCCUGCAGCAGGGUGCCAGGAUGGGACCAUGAUCCUGAAAUCCCUGGGGGAGGGCAACAGCACUGCUAAAUCAUAGGGUCAUUUAUUUAGGAUGGAAAAGGCCUUUAAGAUCAUCACGUUGAAGUGUUAAGCAAGGGAGCAGGAAGAGCUGGUGGUCACAAUCCUCUGGGGACAAAGGGGCUCCCAUCAGCCAGGAGAGCCAGGAUGAACGUGGGAACGGCGCACAGCGAGGUGAACCCCAACACCCGGGUCAUGAACAGCCGCGGCAUCUGGCUGUCCUACGUGCUGGGCAUCGGGCUGCUGCACGUCGUGCUCCUCAGCAUCCCCUUCUUCAGCGUCCCGGUGGUCUGGACUCUCACCAACAUCAUCCACAACCUGAGCAUGUACAUCUUCCUGCACACCGUGAAAGGAACCCCCUUCGAGACCCCGGACCAGGGCAAGGCCCGGCUGCUCACGCACUGGGAGCAGAUGGAUUAUGGAGUCCAGUUCACCUCGUCCCGCAAGUUCCUCACCAUCAUGCCCAUUGUCCUGUAUUUUCUAACCAGCUUCUACACCAAGUACGACCGGGUACACUUCAUCAUCAACACCAUCUCUCUCAUGAGCGUCCUGAUCCCCAAACUGCCUCAGUUCCACGGAGUCCGGAUCUUUGGGAUCAACAAGUACUGAGCGGCGUGGCCGGAGCGGAUGGCGGAGGAGCGGGGCCAAGGGGGGAUUCUUCUCUCCAGCCCCGUUUCCUCCCCCCCACGCAGACUGGGAUGUGGUUUGGCAGCGGCUGUUUAAACGCAGAUCCCAACAGACACAUUCCGCAUGCUGGAUCCUCGUGCCCAAUAAAUCCAAACCAGCUCCAGAGUAGAGUUUAGUGCGGAGCAGGACGUGCGACACCGGAUUUCUCUUCUCCCAGGGUCAUCAAUAGAUGCAAAACCAUUGAGACUUUGAGGUACAACAAGGAUGAAUUCUGGGAAGAGCCUCAUCUAUUCCAGACAUGGAAUGACGAGGAUAGGGAUGAGGGGAAAAGCUUUUAGUGCUGGUACUAUUGCUGUGGUAAAUGCACUUUAAAAUACAUUUCCCUUCCUGAAGCUAGGUGCUUUGAGCAGAACAUGAGGGAAAUCCAAAGGAAGACAGCCAGACUUUCCCAGGACUGGAUUGUUUUGCGGUCUGAUUUCCAGUUUUAGGUGGGAAGUAGGAGGGGGAAGUGAAUAACAGAUUUUUAUUUUGCAAUCGUUGACACCACUGAGAAGGGAAGUUCCUUUCCUAAAAACAGCACAGGAAGAAAUGACCUGCAGUUUGACAAAGCUUUUGGCUUCCUAUAGCACCAUCCAUAUUGUCCAGGGAAAAGGUGGAUAGGUCCAAAAUCAUGCUUGUUAUUUUCAGUUUAUACCCAAAUCUGCCCAGGUAACUCCUUUCCCCACCCCAAACUGCUGUUUUUAAGUGCACAGGGGCUCAGUGGGCAUUUGGAUCAAAGGCUGAGGGCAGGUGAUUUAAUGACUGACACCAAAUGCCACGGAGCUCCUUGGAGCAUGGACAUGGACAGGUGUGGGAGCGGCUGACAGUGGGCAGGUACAGGAGGAGGGCUGAUUGCUCUCAUCAAGCUCGCAGCCGUCCUUGACUUGGAAUUUUUCUCCUCACUUCAGCUCCUUGGUUGCUUAAGUGCAUGUGACUGGGAUUUGCCAGUUCCCCACGGACUCAAGGGUUGGAUUUCUAGCUAACCUGGAAAUCUGUCCCUCAGCUCCAUGCCCAAGGGCUGUGUGAGCAGCAGCACCAGCAGCAGGUGAACUGACCAGCAAAGGAGUCAAUUUGUCACUGAUAGUAGAUCCUUUCACAGAGGAACAAAAUCAAGCCUUUUUCCUCUAAAAUUACCACCUAAAUAAAGCAGGCUUAGGUUUCCUGGCUGAGACAGCUUUUACUAUUUUACUGAAAAUCAGAAUGACCUGAUUUCCCUUUGGGUUGUGUCCCAGAUGGAAUGGGUUUUCCCUCACUCUUCCCCUGUAACCCUACAAAAACCUAUAUUUUUGUUGUCUGAGUGCUUAUAUUGUCUCACUUUUUUUGACAAUGGUAUAAAUCUUUUAAAUCUGCUUUUUUUGUCCUUGCAGUAGCAAAUCCAGCUUUAGAGGACGUGGUGGAGAGUGUUGAGGUUUUGGAUGGUCUGAGCAUAGGACGUGGAAGGGGGAAUUUUUAGAUCUGUUACUACUCCAUGCAUAAUUUUAGGCAAGUAGCUUCACUUCUCUCUCAGACUUCCUCUGGGACUGCUACAGGGAAGGGAAAAUAUAGAGUGUACCUCAGAGGGCUGCUGGAAUGCAGGGAGAAUAAUUUCCUAAUGUGUUUGGAAAGUGGAAAUCCAAGUGAAAAGGAAGUUUUCAAGGAGGUAGAAGGAGAAGAGAAUCUGGCUGGAGACCCCAGGGUAUUGACAGAUGUGCAAUUCCAUUGAUGGGCAGUUUAAACCUUCAAAUCUAGGAUAGAAGAGCUGCUGCUUUAGCUGAGGUACUCUCUACCCUAAUCGGCUCUUUAAGCUACUAGACAAUGAUAAUUGUGAUAAAAAUAGAGAUAUUUCAUCAAUCAGCUGGGAAAUGACACAGACAUGAGCACUAUUCCUGCAGGAGAGGCUGCUCCAAGGAGGGGCAGGUCCUGGCAGGGUGCCUGAGGCUGGAGUUGAAAUGCUGAUUGUGGUGCUGAACAGGCCUGAGUGUCUGCCCAGACACCACUUCCAUCUCCAGGAGAAAUGAAAGAAAACUAAUUAUUGCCAUAGAAAACAUGGGAGAAACUAUCCUUUUUUUGCAACAGAAACAGCCUCUAGAUGCUUUCAAACAUGACUCCUCACAGACAGACGUAUGCUGGGUAUUUCUAAGCAUAUGCACAUCGCAGAUUUGUAAAUUUAGAAUAGUAAUCAGUUGAAAGGAUUGGCUUUUUUUUUUUAUGAGAUACAGCAAUUCCCAGAGUCUCCUUGAAGGCAUUGACACAACUGUGGGUUUGAACACUUGUGUGGUCACUGACACUCUGGUCAGCUGAACCUGUUUCCUUAAAUUAAAGAUGAACUGGGACUCAGAAUGGGAUUAUAAACUUCUCAAACAAGAGGUUCCAAAGUGUAAAGCCCCAAACUUGUCACUAAGACUCUGUCUAGCAACAAAAGUAGAUAUUUUUUUGAUUUCUCUCCUUCACACAAAUGAUUAAAACAGCCAAUGCCAGAGUCAUGUGAUUCUUUACAACACAGGUGUGGCAUUUUUCCAUGGAAUAUCUGAGAUUAAUUUGGACUCAGUUAAUCCAAUCAAGGGAAACACAAAUGGAAACAUAAGUAAUAUGGAAAGAAAUGAGUUGAAGAAAGAUUUCACACUCUGUUGUGGCGAGUUAAGUAUUUAUAUAUGAUUAAUAAGUAUUUGAACAAUUACACAUCGGGCAGCAUCUUCCUUAAGACCCCAACUUAAGGGUAGGUGUCAGGAUCAAUCAAAAAUAAAAAGCAGGAAGUUAAUUGUAAUUAAACCACCAUUCUUGGGUGUACAUGAGGCAGUCUGAAGGGAAAGGACAGCAUGAGCAGGCUGAGGGGUGGUCAGACAUGUCCUGGCAGGGACAGAUCAGGGGUGAAGCCACAUUGUGGGAGGAGAAACGAAAUGUGAGCAGAUGUGGUGCUGCGUGGAGGAGAUAACUGAUUGUUACUAAUUUUAAAUGGGAUUCUGAUCACAUCACGCUUGACAGAUUUCCUCUCACACUGGUCCUGUAUCAUGAUCAGGACAAGUUCCUACCUGGAGAGAUCAAAUCUCCUGUGAUGGAAAAACAACUCCUGGUAAGUUAUUUUAAGCUUUCCUGUUUUGGUCUGCAAUGAAAGAGAAAAGGUUUUGAAAGGCUGGAAGCCUUCUCAGGAACUGGCAGCAGCCUGUCCCAUCUUGUACUUGGCAAAGCCUCCUGAGCCACUGUCAGCACCACACAUGUUUCCAUGGGGUACAGCAACCCCUGCUCCAGGACACUCAGAAAACCAGCAAGUCCUCCCAGCCUGAUGCUCCUGAAUCAGGAUCCUGACCUGGGAGUCCUUCCACAGAACUACGAGGCUGGCAAACAGCCCAAACCUUUGCAGGAGAAAAGCCUAUAAAAUUAAACUAAAUGGAGGGCUACUUAUUCUUGAGUACUUUUAUGUUUGAAUCACUGUUCAAUUUUGGGUUGUUUUUAAAAGCUCGGUACUGGCCCUCGAGGAGGGGACAGCAGUGGGUUAACAUAUUAAUAUUCCUUCUUGUGACUUAUGUUGCUUUAUCAUUGCCUAGAAUAUCUUUUAAGCAUGUGAGUGUUGGUGUGUCCAUACCCUCCUUGGAUCAGUUAAAUCAGCUGAAUUAGUUGGGAGGGUUUUUAAAGGAAUGUUCUGUACAAAGUUUUAGGGUUUUUUUUCCCAUAGCCUUCUUUUUUGCUGUGGAUACAGAAGUCUCAUGUAGAGAACUUUCUAAAAUAAAGUGUGAAUAUUUUUAUUACUCCUUUGUACAGUAUUCUAAGAGAGACUAAUAAAAGUGAAGUAUUCAGGUAAAAACUUG